CACUUCCAACACGUCAGACGAUCCAUUUGCAACCUUGCACCAAAGCCUCGACAACAACCUGUCGAAACCACACGCAACUCUCAGAAGCCACCCAGUGGUUCCGCAGACUUGCGGAGCCAGAUUCUCCUUAUGGUGGAAACUACUGGUGUCAUUUCGCCACGACAAUUCUCGCUCCGUACGUGUCAGUCAGGUGGUGACUGAAGAGCUCUAUGGGUAGAACGUUCGACUCGUGCCUGGAACACGCCGCAUCUCUGAACAGAUCUUCUCAAACUUUUGUUCCGAGAAAGCCUCUCUGUUCACCGAUACUUCGGAACAGAACAUCUGGAACUUUCUAAAGGUGACCUUUGAACCAGACACUCGCCGGCAGUAUCUCUGUCUCCUUGGUUACGACACGGAGGAACUAGAUCAAAAGCUGUCGAGAUUUCGGUCGGGCGCCAUAGCGACAGGAUCGGGGGCGGGGCCAAUUGACCCCAGUGACCUUUCUCAGCGUCUCUCGUCUCUUCCUCUGGAAGGACGAGGGAGGAGGAGGGGAGAGUGCGCCUAUAUUGGAGCUUCAAAGGUUUGCUGCUAAUACAGUGAACUCCUCUAAUCCAGACACCAAUGGGACAGAAGAAAGUGUCCAUAUUAGUGAGGUCUUAUUUCAGGAGUUAUUCUACUCAUGUAGAAAAGCUCUGUAGCUUCACUCUUGAAUCAAAACUCUCUCCACAGAUGAUACUCUUCUCCCAAGAAGCCUCUUUCAAUUGCCACCACUGAUGACGUCGAUGGAGCUCUGUCGAAGGCUUUGCUGGUCGGGAAUUUCGAGGCUGCUGUUGAUAUUUGCAUUGGAGACGGACGAAUGGCUGAAGCUAUGGUUCUGGCCAUUGCUGGAGGGUCUGAUCUUCUUCAAAAGACACAACAAACACUCUUCCAACAGCAAGAAACACAAAUUAGUCGCUUGAUGUCAGCCAUUGUCAAUCGGGACUGGACACAGCUGGUGCGAGUCUGUUGCCUUGACAAUUGGCGGGAAGUUUUGGCAGCUCUCGUCACUUACGCAGGUCCCGAUGAGUUCUCCUCCCUCUGUGAUUUGCUGGGAGAGAGACUGGAGUGCGAGGACGAAGGUCGUUACCGUGACAAUGCCAACCUCUGCUACAUCUGCUCCGGGAACGUCGACAAAUUCGUUGAAUGCUGGAACAAGACGGCACGAGGUUCGCAAGUGAGUGCAGUGGCACUUCAAGAUCUGAUGGAAAAGGUGGUGCUCCUCAAGAGAGCAGUGGAGAGAGAGAGGAAGCAACUGACUUCGACCACCAGCUCUGUUGUUGCAGAAAAAUUCAGACUGUGGAUGUACAACCUCCGCGUAUGGAAUCGGGACGGGACCAGACGAGGCCGGCACCGCAUUCCAACGGUCCCAAUUCCGUUCCAAACACUGGUGCUGCCACGACAGCUGUCUCCAAUCCAUACCAACGGACUCAACCAGCCGUCUGUUCCCACUCCCACUCCAAUUACUGCCCCCGUGAUGACACCGCUGGGGGAAGCCCCCAUUGCCGGGCAACAGGCUCCGCCCAUGUCUGGAGCGACGGCUACUUAUCGCCAGUCGUCACCCGCACCUGCUCCAACUCAGCCUCCAGCUCCACAGGUGAUUGAGAAGGCACCCUUACCUCCUGAACACCAGCAAAUGGCCCACAAAAGAAAGACUGAGGACAUUUCCAGGAAGCUGGCUACACUAUGUGACCUACUCAGGGAGUCCAGGAUCUCACCAGAUGUGCUGAUGGGUCUGCACUACAUUGCCCAAGAAGCUGCAGCAGUCAACUACACAGCAGGUCUUUCGAGGUACACUCAGAUGGUGUCUUCCGGAAACUUCUCUGAGAUCAGUCAGCUUCAUGCCAGGAAUCAAGGCCCUGCUCCAGAUGGCCAUGCAGCUACAGAGGGUCCAAAACUAGUCAAGACACUAGGGAUGAUACAUUAGCCAUAUUGUUGGACACCGAAACUCUUUGCUAGGAUAAUAAUAUUAUUAUAUGAUGUACAAUAUUAUUGGAAUCAUUGCUUGGACAUCAUGAAUUG